AGGCAAGAUGGCGGGGGGUGAGGCUGGUGUGACUUUAGGGCAGCUGCACCUUUCUCGGCAAGAUCUCAACACUUUGGAUGUUACCAAGUUGACGCCACUUUCACAUGAAGUUAUCAGCAGACAGGCCACAAUUAAUAUAGGUACAAUUGGUCAUGUAGCUCAUGGGAAAUCUUCCGUUGUAAAAACUAUUUCUGGAGUUCACACUGUCAGGUUCAAAAAUGAACUAGAAAGAAAUAUUACAAUCAAACUUGGCUAUGCUAAUGCUAAGAUUUAUAAACUUGAUGACCCUAGUUGUGCUCGGCCAGAAUGUUAUAGAUCCUGUGGCAGUAGUACACCUGAUGAGUUUCCUACAGACAUUCCAGGGACCAAAGGGAACUUCAAAUUAGUCAGACAUGUUUCCUUUGUUGACUGUCCUGGCCAUGAUAUUUUGAUGGCUACUAUGCUGAAUGGUGCCGCAGUGAUGGAUGCAGCUCUUCUCUUGAUAGCUGGUAACUAGUCUUGUCCUCAGCCUCAGACUUCUGAACACCUAGCUGUGAUAGAAAUCAUGAAACUGAAGCAUAUUUUGAUUUUACAAAAUAAAAUUGAAAUGGUAAAAGAAAGCCAGGCUAAAGAACAGUAUGAACAGAUCCUUGCAUUUGUACAAGGUACAGUAGCAGAAGGAGCUCCUAUUCCAAUUUAUGCUCAGCUAAAAUACAAUAUUGAAGUUGUCUGUGAGGACAUAGUAAAGAACAUUCCAGUACCCCCAAGAGACUUUACUUCAGAACCCCAACUUAUUGUUAUUAGAUCCUUUGAUGUCAACAAAUCUGGCUGUGAAGUUGAUGACCUUAAGGGGGGUGUAGCUGGUGGUAGUAUUCUAAAAGGAGUAUUAAAGGUGGGCCAGGAGAAAGAAGUCAGACCUGGUAUUGUUUCCAAAGAUAGUGAAGGAAAACUCACGUGUAAACCCAUCUUUUCCAAAAUUGUAUCGCUUUUCGCAGAGCAUAAUGAUCUUCAGUAUGCUGCUCCAGGUCUUACUGGAGUUGGAAUAAAAAUUGAUCACACUUUGUGCCGGGCUGACGGAAUGGUGGGGCAGGUACUUGGUGCAGUUGGAGCUUUACCUGAGGUCUUCACAGAAUUGGAAAUUUCCUAUUUCCUGCUUAGAUGGCUUCUAGGUGUACUCACUGAAGGAGACAAGAAAGCAGCAAAAGUGCAAAAGCUGUCUAAGAAUGAAGUACUUAUGGUGAACAUAGGAUCCCUGUCGACAGGAGGAAGAGUUAGUGCAGUCAAGGCUGAUUUGGGCAAAAUCAUUUUGACUAAUCCUGUGUGCACAGAAGUAGGAGAAAAAAUUGCCCGUAGCCGAAGAGUUGAGAAACACUGGCGUUUAAUUGGUUGGGAUCAAAUAAGAAGAGGAGUGACAAUCAAGCCAACAGUAGAUGAUGACUGAAGAAUUAAAUAACAGAUUUGGAUGAAGUCAGAAUUUCUCUUAACAACCUAGGGGUAUAUUUUCAAAGCAAUAGUGAGGAAUUAAUUUCACAGCUCAUUACCUUAGGAGUAGCUGUAAGGAUAUUCUCAUUUUUUGGUGAUGAAAAUUUAACCUCUAAUACUAA